AUGGAAAUUCCAACUAAUUCAACUAUUAAUAAUGAUACUAAUGAUGAGUAUUUCAUUCCACUUGAACCUAAUCAUGCUCUAGCACUAACGAUGAAUUUUCCUCAAUUCCCUGAAGUAAAUCAUUCAAAAACUUCAGAAACUCAAGCAGACUUUGAUUAUAAUUGUUCGGAUUGUGUGGCUGAUCUAUUUGGACCUAUAAUGGCUCCUUAUGCAGCUUUACAACAACAGACUGAUGAUUAUCGUCGUCGUUUAGAACAUAUUGCUUAUCGACGUUAUAUAGCUAUGAAAUCGCAUUUAUUAAAUUCAUUUGAAAAAGAUUUUAAACAAAAAUGGAAACGUACAUUUAAACAUCCAUUUAAAUACGAUAUUAAAGCUAUUAUUGGUCUCAGUCUUCUAUGUUUUUCAAUAUACCUAAUACUUGUUAAUGAUCAACGGCAACCUAUGUUAACAUUUAUUCGUACAUUUAGUAAAUUUUAUAGAACAUUCUUUUUUCAAGGAAUUAUUGGUUAUCUAAUAUUCUAUAGUAUGCUAUUGAUUAUUGCAGCAUUAUGUUCAUCAUUAGGAGCAUUUACUUGUUCAUUUUUAUUGACUCUAGUUGGUAUAUUGAAUAUUCUUAUAGCUUUUGCAUUAGCUAUUGUAUUACCAAUUAUAUUAUAUAUGAAUCGACAAUCAUUAAUAGAUAAAUUAGAAAAAUAUAUGCAAAUUUCUAUUAAAGAUUUUGAUAAUAUAACAGAUAAUCCUAUAACAUUAUUUUGGAAUGAAUUACAAGAAAAAUAUUCAUGCUGUGGGUUAAAUAAUUCAAUUACAGAUUAUCGGAACAGCUAUUUUCAUAACUUGUCUGGACGUGAUGUACCACAAUCAUGUUGUCGAGCUAAUAUUCUUUGUUCAAUGAGUCCAACUAAAACAAAUUCAUAUAUAGAUAUUUCAUGUAUUCCACAAGUCAAACAUUUCAUUGAUUCAACAAUGAAAAUAACUACUAUUGGAGAUAUUGUUCUCAUUAUUCUUCUUUCUAUUGCUUUAAUUAGUAUUGGACUUUUUUUCAUUCAUAUUAAAUCUGCAAAACAAACAUUAAAUGAACAUAAUGAAUUUAUUAUUAAGUCAAUGUUAUCAACACUUGAACAAUAUGAAAAAGAAUUGGGUGGUGCUAAAAAUCUUCCAUCAGACGAAACAAGUUUUCCUGAUAAACAACGUAUUCAAGGCAUUUUACCAAUUACUCCAACUGUUGUUCGUGUAAAAAGUCCUCGAAUUAUAAAUUAUCUUGGUUUUAAUUAA